GUUAUAGAAGAUAGCACCACUCCACAAGCAUUGUUACUUGCCGAGCCGGUCUUGGCUUGCGAUUAAUAGGAAGCUGAUAAUUUGUUAUGGCUAGAAGCUCGUAUAUACUCGGGUAUAUAAAGCCUCGAUAACUUGCGACUGAAAGACGAAAUACGAUGGUCUUACCACGCCAAACACUCCUAGUCGAUUAGACGUGCCUAUAUCCAUCUAUCUAUCUCAAAGGCUCCCAAAAUGCGUGUUCCUACCAUCGCAACUCUCGCUGCUAUCGUCGCGUUCGCGACUUCGACUCCUGCGCCUCAAGCAGACCCCCCUGAGACCGACCUUUGUCUCCAGCGGAAGUUCCUGUCGUCGAACUUAUGCUCAGAUAUCGACUCUACAUACACCAAUGAGACUUUACCAGGUCUUGGUUGGUAUUGCUGUUGGUACCAGGGGCCCUUCGCGCCUCCACCAGCUUUGCCCGUGUCGGCGUGGUUGACGUUUGCGGAGGACGGCUCAGUUGCAAACCGUUGCUUGGCUCGUGGAACUUGUAAAGAAGGUUUACCUGAUGGUCGUAGCUAAAUCAGAAGAGUACCUUCAAAGGCAUCAGAAGAUAUACGGCAAGACAAG